UGUCAUCUACACCAUCGAACAUAAUUUCCAUUGUCGAUUACAUCUCAACUUUUUCAAAACGUUGUCCAUCUUCUAGCUGUUCAGUUCAAUCAAAAGAAAUAGAGAAAUGAGUUCAACAAGCAAAGCUUGGGCUGUUGCCACUAGUAUUGCAGCUGUGGAGGCUUUGAAAGAUCAAGGAUUUUGCAGAUGGAACUACACAAUAAGAUCACUAUACCAACAUGCCAAGAACCAAGGCAAGUCAUCCUCUCUGCCCAAGAAGCUCUCUUCUCCAGUUUCUACUGUGGUUGCAAGUAAAGUAAGAGAAAAUCAGAAAGCAAGGCAAUCCGAGGAGUCACUGAGGCAGGUCAUGUACUUAAGUUGCUGGGGUCCUUACUAGCUAGGCAGUAAACUACCAGCAAGUAACUAUGGCCAUGCAUGGACUGGUUGCAGCAUAGAGACAAUCGAAGUCUUUCCAAGAGAGACUCAUUUGGAGAAACAUGACAAGGCCGACUUCUUAUGGCGAUGGACGCUGGAACCCAUCAACGAUUAUUCAGCUUCUUUUGAAUGUUAUGCUCUAGCAAUAUAUGUUUCAACCUAUUGUAGUCCCAAUGAAUUGCUGAAUGAUGGGAGCAAAUUCCUUCCAUUGCUGCAACAAUUUGCAAGUGAUGUAAAUUGUAAUUUUUCAGAAUGAAAUGGCAUUUAAAAUGAA